AUGGACUCAUCGUUAUUAACUACAGUAGCUAUUCUUAAUAAUAUUCGUCUAUGUAUAUUCUACAUUUAUUUUUUCGCUAUUGUGUUCGGAAUCAUUGGUCAUAUUAUCAAUAUUCUUGUUCUCACUCAAUUGAAACUAUUUCGUGAUAACCGAUGGGCUUUUUAUUUAAUCAUCGAAUCGGUUGUCGAUAUUCUCUAUAAUUUAGUCAUGUUUACUAGUAAUUUAUUACAAAUUAUUUAUGCAAUCGAUCCUCAAAGUACUGUUCUUGUCUGGUGUCGAUCACGACUGAUUUUAUUUCAAACGUGUACACUUGUAUCCUCAUUUACGGUAUGUUAUGCUGCAUGCGAUCAGUUUUUCUCAACAAGUUACCGACUGAAUUUACGACGAAUGUUUACAUUUAAACUUGCUCGAUAUGUGCUUUUAAUUAGCUCUUGUAUAUGGCUUUUACAUAGUAUUAUGUUCGGCCUUUUUUUUAAUAUAAAUUCAUCGCUCGGAUGUGUUAUAACAAAUCCAGUAUUUCUACAUUAUUCAACAUGGUUCUUUUAUCCAGUUUUGUAUGGUCCUCUACAAAUUGCCAUUGCGGCAUUAUCAAGUUUAUCAGCUUUUCAAAAUGUUCGUCGAAUUGUUCGUCAACAAGUGCCAAUCAUUCGUCGACGACUUGAUCAACAAAUGACAGCGAUGAUUUUAGUACGAGCUUUAUUUUACAUUAUAUGCUCCUUACCUUAUUCGAUCUACCGUAUGAUUAUUAUCAAUAAGGCUAAUCCACAAACAGAUGUCUUACAGUACGCAACUCGACAAUUACUUUUUGCCAUAUUUACCUGUUGGACGGGUCUCAAUUUUACGAUCAGUUUCUAUAUCUUUUUCGUCACUUCCGCACGAUAUCGCAGUCAAGUCAAGCAUCUUCUAGUGAAAAAAUACUGGCGACGAGUAAAACAUUUGUGUUCGAGCAAUCGAAAUCAAGUUGUUCCGAAUAAUGCACCAUCGAGUAAUUCGAGCAUGGAACUCGAGUGA